ACUCGUCUGCGACGGCGCCUGCGCGAAACACUAUGCUGAUGGCAAGGUGCAGCGGUCCUGUCUUGCUAUGCCUGCGGCAGGGACUCGGAACCAAUUCAUUCUUGCGCGGCCUAGGGCAAGAGCCCUUCGAAGGAACUCGGUCACUAUGUUGCAGGUCCUCGCCUAGAGACCUGCGAGACGGAGAAAGAGAGCACGAGGCGGCACAAAGGAAAGCCCCAGGAGCAGAGUCUUGCCCAUCUCUCCCUCUGAGCAUCUCGGACAUUGGGACCGGAUGUCUUUCGUCACUGGAAAACCUCAGACUGCCUACUCCGCGGGAAGAGUCAUCCCCUCGAGAGCGCGAGGACUCGAGGGGAGACCAGGGCCGGUGCGGUCCGGCACACCAGGUAUCCGAGGAUCCUUCGAUGCUCUCGCAGGCCCAGUCCGCUACCGAGAUCGAAGAGCCUCACGUCUCCCCUUCUUGUUCACCUUCCAGAGAGAGACCCUUUCAGGUUGGGGAACUGAUUUUAGCUGAGGCUGAGAAGAGAGAAACACAAUUUAAGAAAUUAUUUAGAUUGGACAAAGUCGGACUCUUAAAUAGUAACUGGGGGGCAGUCCCGUUCAGCAAGAUCGUGGGCAAGUUCCCCGGCCAGAUACUGAGGAGUUCCUUGGGUAAGCAGUUCACGCUGAGGAGGCCAGCAUUGGAAGACUAUGUAUUAUUGAUGAAAAGAGGGACUGCCAUAACAUUCCCAAAGGAUAUUAAUAUGAUUCUCUUGAUGAUGGAUAUCAGCCCAGGUGAUACUGUUUUGGAAGCUGGCUCAGGCUCUGGUGGAAUGAGCUUAUUUUUAUCCAAAGCAGUUGGAUCACAAGGACGAGUCAUAAGUUUUGAGGUACGAAAAGACCACCAUGAUCUGGCUAAGAAGAAUUACAAACACUGGCGUGAUUCAUGGAAAUUAAGUCAUGUAGAAGAGUGGCCAGACAAUGUGGAUUUUAUUCAUAAGGAUAUUUCAGGAGCAACUGAAGACAUAAAAGCUUUAACAUUUGACGCAGUAGCUUUGGAUAUGUUAAACCCUCAUAUUACUUUGCCUGUUUUUUACCCACGUCUUAAGCAUGGUGGUGUAUGUGCUGUAUAUCUAGCAAACAUCACACAGGUUAUCGAACUUUUAGAUGGAAUUCGCAUCUGUGAACUUGCUCUUUCGUGUGAAAAGAUAAGCGAGGUCAUUGUCAAAGAUUGGUUGGUUUGCCUUGCAAAACGGAAAACUGGAAUUUUAGCUCAAAAAGUAGAACCUAAAAUCAACAUAGAUGUACAACUAGACUCUCAAAAGAAAACUGGAGUUGAAGGUGAGCUGUUUCAAGAGGAUGACCAUGAAGAAUCACAUUCUGAUUUUCCAUAUGGAUCAUUUCCCUAUGUUGCUAGACCAGUACACUGGCAACAUGGUCAUACAGCUUUUCUUGUCAAGUUGAGGAAGGUCAAACCACAACUGAGUACUCCAGAUGACAGCAACUGACUUGAAGAUGGAAAAAUAUCAAAAUAGAACUUUAUAUUGAAAAUCACUACUUUCAUAGAUUGGCAUUUUUAGCUAUUACUGUGACUUAUAUAACUUUUACAUAUAAUUUUGAAAAUAAAUAAAAUAAAAGAUGUAUAACAUGGCAAAACUGCUUAAACGUCCCAUUUUGACACUUGUCUUGCAGUUGGUUUGACGUUUUGUAGUUAAUGAUUCCAAAUUGGUUUAGUUGGGCCAUCUCAUUCUUCGCUUCCUGUGAACCACUCCAUAGAUGUGUCUUUCUUCAAAAAAUUAGUUUUCUUUCCUUUAUUUGAUUGAUGGUCAUUGACUACUGAAAUAAAAUAUGCAUUUUAAGAUAAA